ACCUCACAGUGGUACAACACACACACACACACACACACACACUUGGAGGAUCAGAUGAUCUGACCUUAAGAACAAAGAUAUCACCAGUUAGACGGACGACCAUCUCCAAGACCUGGAUCUACUUUUUUGGGACAUCGAGGGGUCAUGGAUCCGAUCGUGGAAGUGGUGGCUCUGAUUUUAGGCUUCACCGGGUGGGUGAUGGUGGGAGUCGCCCUCCCCAACCGUUACUGGAAGGUCUCAACCGUGGACGGGAAUGUCAUCACCACCUCCACCAUCUACGAGAACCUGUGGAUGUCCUGUGCCACGGAUUCCACGGGGGUGCACAACUGCAGGGAGUUCCCUUCACUACUGGCUUUAAAUGGCUACAUCCAAGCUUCUCGCGCCUUGAUGAUCGUGUCUAUAGUAAUGGGCACCUUUGGUCUAGUGGGGGCCCUCAUAGGAAUCCAGUGCUCCAAAGCAGUAGGGGAAAACUAUGUCCUCAAAGGGAGGAUUGCAGGCACUGCUGGAGUCUUCUUUAUUCUUCAAGGUUUGUGCACCAUGGUGUCGGUGUCCUGGUACGCCUUCAACAUCACGCAGGAUUUCUUUGACCCUUUCUAUCCGGGGAUAAGGUAUGAAAUCGGAGAAGGACUUUACAUCGGCUGGUGCUCCGGGGUGCUCGCCAUCGCCGGGGGAGCCUGCCUCACCUGUUCCUGCAGAGUGGCAAGAGAGGAAAAAUACAAUUUGCCUUAUCAAGCCAGAGGAACGGUUUACUCCGGUCCAGCACCUACCAGGAGUGUAGUCGCAAGCACUUAUGGACGAAACGCUUACGUCUGAAGGACAUGAAAGCUGGGACACUUUCAUCAUCUGUUUGUUUUUUUUAGUGCACAUUGAGAGGGGUUCAAAUUAGAACUUUUAGUCCAUUAAACAGAAAGAACCAAGCACAACUGUGCCAUGUGUGACUUCAAUAUGAGGACAUCCUUUUGUAAACAUUGUACAAAGCUGCCCUACUUUCAUUGUGCUCUUCAGAAUGGAUGUUUUCAUUUUUCAUUAAUGAUGUACACUGACGACAAAAAAACAUAUAAGUUAAGGGAGUCUAAUCAUUUGAUGAUCUGAGUAAACAUGGCCAGAAACAAAGUAAAGAUGAUUCAAAUGUUAUUUUUGCAUGUUUUUUGUACAGUUUUGUAAAGUUUCAGCGCAAUAAAUGGGCGAUUUUAUAUGUCAAAUUUGUGUUCUGUUUGUUUUAUAACUGCACACAAUAAAAUGUUUUAUGAAAAACA